AGAGUCCUUAUCCACCGAUUGCCGCCGACUUAUCGAAAUUUCCAUUCGAUCCGGUUAACCGGAAAUCUUCUGGUUUAAUAAUUGAGAGAAAUUUUCUUUCACCGCGGCGCGGGAUUAGAAUUGUCGCAAUAUUUCGUUGGAAUUGAAGUGACUCGCUUGGAUUCGCGGUACUAGAUUUUCCUCAGGGAUGUAUCGAUGUUUCCUCGGAUGCGUCUCAAACAAACGAUAUUUCGCAUGGUGGCGUUUACCAAUAAAAUCUACCGUUUCAAUUCGAUUCCAGUUAUUAUUUAAAAGGAAGUCGUCGAGAUCGCUGUCUAAAACUAAUUAUUUCACGACUGCGUCGAAAUUCUUACAACUGUACAGAUUUACGUAAGGAUUUCAUGUAUCUAGAUUACAUUGUAUGCUGUUACUGACAGAUACUGACUGUGUAAAUUCGAAUACUUGAAAACUUUAACCGCUCGUACGGAUCGUUGGUAUUAUGGAGGGAAAACAAGUAUAAUUUUCGUUAUACGGUACUGAUAUACCGGAACCUUGUGCCACUUAUUAGAAAUUAAUGUGAAAUAUCGUUGGUGUGUGUUCAGACGAUUUUUCGCAGUACGAAUGUUUAUCGUUUCGGAUAAAGAUACGAAUUCGCAUGGGAAACAAUACAAAUUACUUACCAUGUACACCUUGUGAGGGAAACACGUCUAUGGCAGUUUACAAUUUUCUACAGUUCUGAGCGACAUCUAAAUUGCACAUGGCGAAGAGUUAACGUUGUCUGAUAUUUUUAUGGUCAAUUACAGAAAAACGUUCGAACAAAUCUGAGAGUCAGUAAUAAAAGAUUCAUCGCGAUGAGCCACAGGAGAUUUGAAAAAGUUUUAGAAGAUCUUCAGAAGAAUCCUUUUUUUGACAAGUAUGCCGAAAAAAUAGCAAAACUUCAGAAAACCAGUCCUGCAGAGUUUUUACAGCGAGUCGAAUCUCAGGAGAAGAAAUUACAAGAAAAGAAAGUUUCAGUUCAUCAAUCAAACACAUGUCAUGCCCAAUCCUUAUGGACAUUCCCAUUUUCUAAAGGAAAAACUCAAAUGCCAUGGGCGCACAUUCCAAAAAGUCAUUUUUCUGAUAAUGCAGCUAAAAGCAUAUACAUUACUGCACCCAUAUUUUACGUUAACAAUGGGCCUCACAUUGGACACCUUUAUAGCGCAGUUUUUGCAGAUGCUAUGGCUAGAUUUUAUUUUAUGCUAGGACACUCUGUAGUUCUCAGCACAGGUACAGAUGAGCAUGGUACUAAAGUUGAAAGGGCUGCAUCUGACAAGAACACGCCGACAUUGAAGUAUUGUGAUAAAAUUUCAAAGCACUUCAGAGACAUGUGUGAUCUGUAUAACAUUAGAUAUUCACGAUUCAUUAGGACUACCGAUAACGAUCACGUGGAGGCUGUUCAACACUUUUGGAAUUGUCUAAAUAAAAACGGAUAUAUUUACUCGGGAAAAUAUUCUGGAUGGUACAGCGUAACCGAUGAAGCAUUCGUAUCGGAAUCGGAAGUAAUAGAGAAAACGGAUGACGUAGGAAAUAUUAUUCGUGUAACUGCGAAUUCAGAGAAUCGAGUGGAAUGGACAGAAGAAAAAACUUAUAAAUUUCGACUUUCAUCUUUCCAGGAUGAUUUGAAGCACUGGCUGAAAAGCGAAAAUACAGUAAAACCGGCAAUAUACCAUAAGAGUUUGCUUACGUGGAUCGACCAAGGUCUACAAGACUUAAGUAUUUCUAGACCUAUCGACAGAGUGCCAUGGGCCAUUCGUACGCCUUCCAAUGAGUCUGAUACAAUAUACGUAUGGUUAGAUGCUUUAGUGAAUUAUUUGACCUCGGUAGGAUAUCCGGACAGCUCGUUUAAACAGUUUUGGCCACCUAUUCACGUGGUCGGGAAAGAUAUAUUAAAAUUUCACGGCAUAUAUUGGCCAGCAUUUCUAAUGGCUGUCGGUCUUGAACCGCCAAAGAGACUUUUCUGUCACGGACAUUGGACCAUUGAUGAUAAGAAAAUAUCAAAAUCUACGGGAAAUGUAAUUUCGCCCUUUACCGUUAGUGAUGAAUUCACGACGGACGGUUUCAGGUAUUUUCUCUUGCGAGAAGCAGUACCGCACUCAAAUGCAAACUACAGUUCACGAAAAACUCGAUUCGUACUGAACGCCGAGCUUGCCAAUACUUUCGGGAAUUUAUUGAAUCGAUGUUUGAGCCGAGGUGUCAAUCCACAGAGAAUAAUAUCUAAUAAAGUAAACUAUAAAAGUUUCUUAACGUCCGACGAAGCUAUCGAGAAUAUAAAACUGUUGGAAGAACUUAGCGACGAAACUAAACGAUUUUACGAGGAAGGUCAAUACCGCAAUGUGGUUGACAGUGUAAUGAAUAUGUUGAGGGCUACAAAUGCGAUGUUCAGUCAUCAUCAGCCGUGGACGUUACGUCGAUCUCCUUCCAAGAUCAUGGAAUUCGAAGCUGUCUCGUUUCUGACCAUUGAAAGCAUGCGCGUCGCUAGUUUAAUAUUACAUCCGAUCAUACCAAGACUGACCAACAAACUUUUAGACGUAUUUCAAGUUCCGUUAGAGAAACGUACUUGGGAAAACACGAAACCGUUUCAUAUAACAGAUUCUUUCGAUGGAAGGAUGACACGUGUAAUAGAACCGAAUCUACACUUUUUCCAGAGAUUACGUACAGACCUGUAAUAUACCGAGUGUGGAUUGUUAUCGCUAAAUGGAUAAUAGAUCGGUGCAGGAUAAUAAGAGAACGGUCAUUCAAAUGUAUCAUCAGUAUACAUCAACAUUGCGCCACCUGUCACUCCGAUAAAUGAGGCUUGCUCCGGUUCAUGAUUCUCUUUCGUAUUUCUUUUCCAUUAAAUCCUUCUUAAUCCACUACGGAUACAACCGUGUUCUCUUUUGUCGGAAUGCAGUUGCACUUUGCGUCGCUGAUAUAGAUGCAUGGAAGAGGCUCGACGAAAACACUGCGAGCGCGCCGAUGUUGCGUUCCGCGAGGAUAUUCUUCGUUCGGAUAUUACCAGACGCAGAUUCGAAUUAGAUUCGACGGGUUCGCGCGACGACGAUAUCGCGACGAUAUCGCGACGCGUUUAGCACCUAAACGAAGCGUCGCCUUGAUACGCAUC